AUGCUGUUCCCGGGCAGCGCAGACCACAGUGUUAAAGUGCCGACCAGCUUCGCGCCGUGUCGCCAUAACGGUCCCCUCACGCGCCCGUCCCGCCGCUUCCUCCUCCCGCUGGACCACAACCACCCUCCGACACUCACAAACAACCCAACGGACCGCGGCGGGAAACGGGUUCGAUACUUUCGUUAUCGGUUUUUCAGACUUCGGGAGCUCUGGAGCUCUUCCCGGGAAGCGAGCCCCGGAGGUCGCGUAGCCCGGGACGGACCCGCCGCCCCCAGCACACCCAGUCCCCCUGACCCUGGCCGGAAGACUCUCCGCCACCACAGAUUCCCAACACCUCUGCUCAUCUGUCCCAUCUUUGUCUCUAUUAAUGCCCGUAUCAACAAGGCCGGGCAGCCUUUUUGUGCGCCACAGCCGCCAAACACCAGGGAAUUCUGUGUCCAGGGAGACACCGUCUUUUGUGAGGGAUCAGGGGUCAUGAGUGGGGAGUAUGUCAGGGCUGGAGUCAGCACAUUGGCCCCAUGUGGCUACAUCUUGCUAGGCAUUUCACAGGCCAGGAUGGGGUCUGCCGUUUCCACUCCCAGUGCCCUGACAGUCAAGGCAGAGGUGAUGAUGGCUAACCCGCCUGAAGGCUGCCCUAUGCACCAAGAAGUCAAGCCUGUCAAAGUGUCCCCACCCUCAGAGUGUCCCAUGCAUCAAGCUCAGCCUGUCCAAGCAGUAUCUCCUCCAUCAGAAUGUCCCAUGCACCAGGCACCGGCAGGUCCAGUUCACCAGGACCGGGCCUAUGAGUUUGUGGAAUGUCCCAUGAAGGCCUCAGUUGGCAUGAAGAGCGACAUUGAUCCAGCAAACAUGAUGCCUCCUCCUAACCAAGUACCCGCUCCAGAUCAGCCCUUUGGCCUGUCCAAAUCCAGAGAGGAGUCUAACAUUCCCCGCCACGGCACAGAGAAGAACUGGGUUUAUCCAUCUGAGCAGAUGUUCUGGAAUGCCAUGCUGCGAAAAGGGUGGCGCUGGCGAGAUGAUGACCUUGCCCCUGAUGACAUGACUAACAUCAUCAAAAUCCACAACAAGAACAACGAGCAGGCCUGGAAUGAGAUCCUGAAGUGGGAGGCUCUGCGCGCGGGUGAGUGUCCCUGUGGCCCCACACUGAAGAGGUUCGGCGGCAAGGCCAAAGAGUUUUCGCCCAGGGCGCGUUUCCGUAACUGGAUGGGGUACGAGCUCCCCUUCGACCGCCACGACUGGAUCGUCGACCGCUGUGGGAAAGAGGUGCGCUAUGUCAUUGACUACUACGACGGAGAAAUCAACAGAGACACCUACCAGUUCUCCAUCCUGGACGUGCGCCCGGCCUUCGAUUCUCUGGACGCCGUCUGGGACCGCAUGAGGGUGGCCUGGUGGCGCUGGACCUCUCAAGACUGAGAGAGGCCGGGAGUUCAAACGAGUUCUGCAAACGGUUGGCAUGAGACUGGGUGCUGUAGGAAGAGUAAAGAAAAGUAUCAAUCUAAAUGAAAAGUCAUACUGUGUGACGUUCUAUCUGCUCGUCUAUUCAUGCUUUGCAGUUGAUAGCUUAUUACAACGUGCAUCUUAGAUUCCUGUUUGGUCCAGCGGUCAGGUGAACCAGUCCGGUGAGGCUCCAGUACUAGAGCAGCUUCCUAAAACUCCACAGUUGUCACUUCCUGCCACCGGAGGGUCCACAAUGUCUUUCAGAGGGAGCUUAAUCAGAUUUCUUCAGACUUAAAUGGCAGAGUCCAGAGACUGAAAACAACAACAGCUGGUCUUCUCCUGUAACUUCCCUUUGACCCGCAGAGCUGUUGGUUCUGGUCUAGCACAGCCAGGCACUGACAGCAGUGAGAAAACCAGCAGGAGGAGGCAUUCCUCCACAUUCUAAACAAGGGAGACCAAAGCUGAUUGCGUCUUGGGAAAUGUGUCCUGAGACUUCAGCUGUUUUCAAAUGCAGACCCCCUUAACAUUAAAAGGUGUGGACACAGAGGUCCCAUAGUUUUAGUCAUCAAACAUCAAAGAAGCUGCUGACAUCAGGCCAAAGCUUUAGAGGGGUGUCGUCCUGCUUCUGGAUCCCAUUCAAACGGUUCAUGUCCACAUCUUGUAUGAAUCCGCCUUACGUCUGAUAAAUGCUCUGUGGGACGUUUUGAGUUCCAAAAACUAGAAUAAGGACUAAGACUAAAGACUAAACCAUCAACUCUCUGCCGCUAAAUGCCACACAUUUAGUGAACUCUGAAGGUGUAUAGAAACGGUCAGCAUCUGUAAGUGGGCUUUGCUCCCCGGCUGGUGGCAGUUUGAGUGGAGGCCUCUGAACGCUGCUCUGAACACGACUGUGCUGUGAGAGCUGCACACGGACAGGUUGAGACUGACAGGACUUAGUUGUGUUGGAAUUGAAAAAGCUUCAGGGUGGAGUGGCCUGCCGUUGACCCUUGACCCUUUUUAAGCCUGUUCCAGAUCAACAUCUGAUGCUUGUUAAUUAGCCUGUGUGAUGCUAUAGCAGAACAUCACUCUGUUUUUGUUCUGUUACACUGUCUGCGCCCAGAAAUCCAUUUAAUCCGAAGUACUACCUUUGAAUUGACUUUUCGAUCAUUUAAAAUGUUUUAUUUAUUCUUUGAAUGUGUGAUAUUGUGCACAGAAAAACCGUCACUAUCUCAGUGCUUCAAUUCCCGGAAAACUUGAUGUUUCAAACAGUUAUCUCGCUGGUUUUAUCAUUCUCAAUAAAGCUGGUCCUCGUCUGCCUCUGAACGAUGUCAGUCUUUGAAACUAUACUUUGCAGCUACGCUUGCCAAAAGGUGAGUAGUGAAAGGUCUGAUUCCAGUUAGUUUAUCCAGUAAAACAUGAGGGGAAAGUUUAAAAACAGACCCACUAAGCAGAGCAGCGUGUCAGUGCGCUGCACGACGUUUCCUCUGAAGGAACUGCAUUGGUCUGAGAAUCCUGAUAAUUUUAGCUUUGAUUUACAUAGUGAAAAACAGAUUUUUACAGGUGAGGUUCAUUUCAGGGCCCUUGCACUGAAAAACCCCUUCUCUGGCCUUAAAGGCUGGUCCAGGCCUUUGGGUGAUGGGCUUAAGCACAGCAGCCGUGGAGGUGUCAGCCAGACGCCACCACGGCAGCUUAGUGCAUCUUAAAAGUUUACAGCGCCUGGGUCUGCAGGUAUAAAGUGUCUUCUUAACUCUCGUGACGUCACGCAGCAGGACGAGUCUCCCGGCAGCUCUGAGAGACGCCUGAAUGCAGAUAAAAUCACUUCCUCAGCAAGAUGGGUAAGAAUUAGAUGACUGCUGCCCAGUCAAAUGUUGAAAUGUCUAUGAAUGUUUUGCUAUUUUCCAGCUAGACACAAGAGGGGGGUGUUUCAAAAGAUUUGGAAAUGAAUCUGACUCAUUCAUUGUUUAUUCCAAAUGCACCAGUUAAAUAGACCUUCAUCCUGCUGACUGGACGGAGAGGAAGUCUCUGAUUCACAGGACAAAAACAGAAAAAAAACAGCUUUUGCUCAGAUUUUUAUGGACUAAUCAGCAGUGGACUAAAGAAGAAGAGACAGUUUACUGCACUUGUUUCAGAAAAAAGGGACUAAACGAAUUUCAACUCUGCAUAUCUUCCAGAUAUUACUCAUUUAAUAUUAAAAUAUCUAAACCAAAUUGCCUUCUGAGAGCAUUUCCAUUAAACUUAUUAAUGUUUGUGUGACUUUCCAGUUUGUUGCUGUUGCUGCAACCUUGUGAUUAUUGAGCUUAAUGCCAGUAAAUAAGUCAGUACGAAUGCUGCUCAUAUCUUGUGGAUUCUGUGUUCUGUUAAUGAGGCAGGCAGGGAAAUUAAUUACUUUCUUUCCCUGCUGCUGAUUGUGCAUUACAAC